UUUCUCUUUCUCUCUUCUCUCCUCCUUUUAUUUAUUCUCCUCCUCUCUCCAUUUUCAAGCUCUCUCUCUCUCUCAAAACCCUAGAAAUCUUCGAUCUUUCAGAGCUCUCGGAUUCGUACGUAAUCGUGUGCCGUUUGCGUGGUUCUGACGUCAGAUUUGAGAUUCAGAGCGUCGAAUAAUGUCGUCGUUGAGCAGAGAGCUGGUGUUCCUUAUACUCCAGUUUCUCGAUGAAGAGAAAUUCAAAGAGUCUGUGCACAGGCUGGAGAAAGAAUCUGGAUUCUUCUUCAAUACCAAGUACUUUGACGAGAAAGUGCUUGCGGGAGAGUGGGAUGAGGUCGAGAAGUACUUGUCUGGGUUCACCAAGCUUGAUGAUAACAGAUACUCCAUGAAGAUUUUCUUUGAGAUUAGGAAGCAGAAGUAUCUCGAGGCUCUUGAUAAGCAAGAUAAGGCAAAAGCAGUUGAGAUAUUGGUGCAGGACUUGAGAGUCUUCUCCACUUUCAACGAGGAGCUAUACAAAGAGAUUACUCAACUUUUGACUUUGCACAACUUCAGGGAAAAUGAGCAGCUUUCCAAAUAUGGAGACACUAAAACUGCUCGGACCAUAAUGUUAGGCGAACUGAAAAAACUAAUUGAAGCAAAUCCUCUUUUCCGUGACAAGUUGACGUUCCCCACUUUGAGAUCUUCGAGACUGCGGACUCUGAUUAAUCAAAGCCUUAAUUGGCAGCACCAGUUGUGCAAGAAUCCUAGGCCCAACCCAGAUAUUAAAACUCUAUUCACAGACCACACAUGCGCAGUUCCGAACGGUCCUCUGGCGCCUUCACAGCUCAAUCAGCCAAUUACAACUUUGACAAAGCCAACAGCUUUUCCGUCCCUUGGAGCUCAUGCUCCCUUUCCUCCUGGUGCUGCUGUUGCUGCCGCUGCUAAUGCUGGCGCUUUAGCUAGUUGGAUGGCUGCUGCUGCCUCUGGUGCUUCUACUGUCCAAGCUGCUGCUGUUACUCCUGCGUCUAUUCCUAUGCCUCAGAAUCAAGUGUCAAUCUUGAAGCGACCACCAGCAACUCCAGGUGUAGUUGAUUAUCAGAAUCCGGAACAUGAACUAAUGAAGCGUCUCCGCCCUGCCCCAUCUGUAGAAGAGGUGACAUAUCCUGCACCUAGGCAGCAUGCUCCUCCAGUGUCGCUGGAAGACUUGCCGUUAAAGGCGGCUCUAGCGUUGCAUCAAGGGUCCACUGUGACAAGCAUGGAGUUUCACCCUAUGCAAAAUACGCUACUUCUUGUCGGAUCUGCCACCGGAGAAAUCGCGUUAUGGGAACUAGCUGCUAGAGAGAAGCUGGUUUCAAGGCCAUUCAAAAUAUGGGAUAUGGCUAAUUGCUCACCUCCGUUGCAGGCUUUGAUAGCUAAAGAAACACCAAUGUCUGUCAUCCGCGUUGCAUGGAGUCCAGAUGGAAAUUUCAUUGGUAAGUUCCAUAUCAUGCUUUGUGGGAUUUUAAUUGGUCUCUGGUCAGUCUCAGUCUCUUUUGUUGCAGGGGUUGCAUAUGCGAAGCAUCUUAUUCACUUGUAUGCUUUCUCUGGACCUAACGAGCUUCGCCAGCAUGCUGAGGUUGAUGCCCAUGUGGGUGCUGUGAACGACUUGGCUUUCGCUAAUCCAAACAGGCAGUUGUGUGUAGUUACUUGCGGAGAUGAUCAGCUAAUCAAGGUAUGGGACGUUUCAGGUCGGAAGCAUUUUACCUUUGAAGGUCACGAAGCUCCUGUUUAUUCCAUUUGCCCUCAUCACAAAGAGAACAUUCAGUUCAUAUUUUCGACGGCCAUAGAUGGGAAAAUAAAGGCGUGGCUUUAUGAUAAUAUGGGUUCCAGAGUUGACUAUGAUGCUCCCGGUAAAUGGUGUACUACAAUGCUUUAUAGCGCUGAUGGUACCAGAUUGUUCUCUUGUGGAACGAGCAAAGAUGGAGAUGUUUUCCUAGUUGAGUGGAACGAAAGCGAAGGAUCAAUUAAAAGGACCUAUCUUGGGUUUCAGAAAAAGUUGGCAGGUAUGGUUCAGUUUGAUACCUCAAAGAACCACUUUCUUGCUGUUGGCGAAGAUGCGCAAAUCAAGUUCUGGGAUAUGGACAACAUCAAUGUCCUGACUAGCACUGAUGCUGAGGGUGGACUUCCGGCUCUUCCUCGUUUGAGAUUUAACAGGGAAGGAAACCUUCUAGCCGUUACGACGGCAGACAACGGAUUUAAGAUCCUAGCAAACCAAGCCGGUUUCCGAUCUCUGAGAGCCAUGGAAGCCUCAGCUUUUGAAAGGAUGAGGACUCCAGCCGAUUCUUCUUUAACUAAAGCUGCUGUUCCCGGUGCUCCUGUUGCAUCUGUCAGCUGUAAAGUUGAACUAGGCUCUCCUGUUAGACCCUCACCAAUGCUGAAUGGAGUUGAUCCCCCAAAGCCAAGAGUAGAUGACUUAGCAGACAAUCCAAGACCUUGGCAGUUAGCUGAAAUCUUGGACCCUGCCCAGUGUCGCCAGGCCACUUUACCUGAUACCGGUUCUUCCACAAAGGUCGUUCGGCUGCUGUAUACGAACUCCGGCGCUGGAAUCUUGGCACUUGGUUUUAACGGUAUUCAGAGGCUCUGGAAGUGGGUUCGCAAUGAGCAAAACCCUAGUGGAAAGGCAACUGCUGCUGCUGUUCCUCAGCAUUGGCAACCAAACAGUGGUCUUCUCAUGACCAACGAUGUCUCUGGUGUAAACCUUGAAGAGGCCAACCCAUGCAUCGCUCUCUCUAAGAACGACUCGUAUGUCAUGUCGGCUGCUGGAGGAAAAGUCUCCUUGUUCAACAUGAUGACUUUUAAGGUGAUGACAACAUUCAUGCCACCUCCACCGCCAUCAUCAUUUUUGGCGUUCCAUCCUCAGGACAACAACAUCAUUGCCGUUGGAAUGGAGGACUCCACCAUUCACAUCUAUAAUGUCCGAGUGGAUGAGGUCAAGUCAAAGCUAAAGGGUCACCUGAAACGCAUCACUGGCUUGGCAUUUUCUACAACCCUCAGUAUCUUGGUUUCAUCUGCUGCUGAUGCACUGAUAUGCUUUUGGAGCAUUGACACAUGGGAGAAGAGAAAAUCCGUUGUAAUACCAAUGCCAGCAGGAAAAGUCGCCGUUGGAGACACGCGUGUUCAGUUUCAUGUGGAUCAGAUCCGUAUCCUUGCAGUCCACGAGACACAGCUAGCGAUAUUAGAUGCCUCCAAGAUGGAAUGUAUCCGACAGUGGAUUCCUCAAGACUCGUUGUCUUCUCAUAUAACUUCAGCAGUGUAUGCAUGUAACAGCCAGUUGAUCUACACCACUUUCCGUGAUGGUAACAUUGGAGUGUUCGACGCAGACACACUUGGAUUAAGAUGCCGUAUCUCUCCAUCCGCCUACUUGCCUCAAGUGAACCAAGGUUUGUCUCCUUUAGUUGUGGCCGCUCACCCGCAAGAGCCAAACCAGUUUGCGGUCGGUUUGAAUGACGGGUCAGUUAAGGUGAUAGAACCGACCGAGGCUGAAGGCAAGUGGGGGAUGGUUCCACCCUCUGAAGCCAUCAACACUUCACCAUCCACUACAAGCAACCAAACUCCAUAACAGUUAUAAAGAUGAACAAACUUCUAUGAUUUAUAUAUUAUCCAUGUUAUGAACCUCAAAUCUUUCCAUAUUGUUACUUCAGGUUGGUUGCUAAGUUAGGGUUGAUUUUUAUUUAGGUUUAAGGCAGUGCUUUUAGAUCUUCAAAAAUGUAGCCUUAGUUUCAAGAUUGUUAAGAUAUUGAAAUUGGUAAGAUAUAAAGUUUGUAUAACUAUUUGCAAAUCUCAAAA